AUGGCCGAGUACGAUGAGGUAUGCGCGAUUGCGGCUGAAAGUGCUAGUGAAUCGUCGGCGAGCGAGAGUGCUUCUUCAACUAUACGCGAUGCACCGAAACGGAUGCAACAAGAAACAGUGCACGAAGCUUUACCGGCUAAAAGAAGAAAACAACAAAUUCCUUCAAUGUCGAAGGAGAUUGAGGAACAACGACGAAGCGCUGACCGGCUAGGACUCGUUGCUCCACCACCACCACCAACGAGGAACGAUGAUGCGUUGAUCGACGGGCUGAUUGUGGACAAACUUAUCGGCAGGCGUUCUCAUGACGGCCAUACGCAGUACCUAGUGUGUUGGUACGGCGUUCCGGAAGAGGAUGCCGCAUGGGAUGCUUCUUUAAAUGAACGCGAUGCACUGGGAGAGAUGCAGCAAGAAACAGCGCGCGAAGCUUCACCGGCUAAAAGA